AUGAAAGCGACGGAUAUUAGUCGGGAUGACUACCGGUUCAUGCAGAGAGCCCUCCGAAACGUUAUUGGAGAGCAAUAUGCUUUGGAGCAGUUGAAAGUCACGGUUAUUGGCCAGACGUUCAUGAGAAGCUUUCCAAAGGAAUUACAGCAUUCCUUUGGUAACGACGCUCUGAUUCCUGCCCCAUUUUUGACUCAUCGAGAUAUGGCUCUAAGAAUUUGGAUGCGUUCCAGAAAAGAGGGAGAUUGGUGGAAUUGUGCGCGAGACAAAUACCUCUCACCUCCGGAUGGUUUCAGGGAGUACUGCGAUGACGAACACCCUGAUCGAACCGGAAUCUGGUACUUCGAGAUUUGGCGUCGAUACAAGGAAUUUGAAGGUAGACAAGACGAAGCUCAAGGCCAACGUCAAUGGUCGCCACAUGUGCAACCAGUGAUUAGUAGCUCUCAGACAAGCGAAGUAGAGCUCGCCAGUAAAUGCACAGAGCGACCCCACAAGCGGCAGCGAUUACCGUCACAGUCUACUACAAUUACGAGGAUGAUCCUCGAUACUUUAUGA